AUGUUACUCAGAUCACUCGUAGGGAGCGCCUCUACUCUGAUAGGAGCUGCUGCAAGCUUAAAACUCGCUCCCGUAGCCAAAGCGGCGGCUCUCCUGCACAGUACCGUGAGGAAAACUUCCCUGGUUGAACAAGGCGACAUGAGGGUUGAACUCUUGCCGGCUCUCAGCGACAACUACAUGUACCUGCUCAUCGACACGGACACCAAAGAAGCAGCUGUCGUGGACCCGGUGGAGCCCGUUAAGGUUGUAGAGGCCGUCCGAAAACACGGGGUCAAGCUCACCACAAUUCUGACCACCCAUCACCACUGGGAUCACGCUGGUGGAAAUGAGAAGAUGGUGAAGCUAAUGCCCGGCUUGAAGGUGUACGGAGGAGACGAUCGAGUCGAUGCCAUCACAAAGAAAGUCUCUCACUCCAGCAACUUGAAAGUGGGCUCACUUAACGUCAAAUGUCUGUUCACGCCGUGCCACACGACCGGCCACAUCUGCUACUACGUCACCAAAGACGACAGCUCCGAGCCUCCGGCGGUUUUCACGGGGGACACUCUGUUUAGUGCCGGUUGCGGGAAAUUCUUUGAGGGCACCGCGGAGCAGAUGUACAAAGCCUUGAUUGAAAUUCUGGGCCGCCUUCCAGCCGAAACGCGAGUGUACUGCGGUCACGAGUACACCGUCAGCAAUCUGAAGUUUGCGCGCUGCGUCGAACCGGACAACAAAGACAUUCAGGAGAGGCUGGUCUGGGCCAAGGAGAAAUGCAGCAAGGGCGAGCCCACCGUCCCGUCCACUUUGGGGGACGAAUUGACAUUUAACCCGUUUAUGAGAGUCAAAGAGAAGUCCGUACAAGACCACGUCGAGCAGACCGACCCGAUCGAAGCCAUGAGGAGCCUUCGUAAAGAGAAGGAUGCCUUCCGAGUGCCGAAAGAGUGA